GUAGAUUCAUUUAUGACAAUUUUUUCUAUACACAUGUUAGUAUCAAUUUUAAAUGAAAAUACGGAAUAAAAUCUUUGAUGAACUGUAUUAGGCAACAAAAGAGAGGUUAUGUAAUACAACAUUGCCAACAUUGAAUAAAGAAGAAGCAAGCCUGUCAUCUUUAGGACCACACCUCUACAGACCUUUACCAAGACUCCAUCCAUACAGCUAAUGUUGACAUUCCAGGGAAUACCAUGCCAUCUCCAUGAAGUCCAUGUUCUCUCCAUUGGCUGCAAUUUUAAUGAAGUCAAAUCAUCUGAGGCACAAGUUCAAUGGCCACGAGAUACAUACCGGGUCUAACCGCAAGGCCGGAGAGUGGGCCUGAGCUCCCACGUGCAGAUACUCCAAAGGAUGUUCCCAUUGAGCUGAUUGAGGAUUUUAAAAAUGGCACCAAACAGCCAAUCAGUGCCUUGAUGGAGUACUCUGCUAUGCAGCGUCAUACAACCACUUUCAAAGAGGUUCCAGUCAAGAAUUACUCCCUCGUGAACAAGUUUGCCAAUCAGUGCUCGGUGAAUGGUGUGGCUUAUCCUCAAGGGACCGGGAAGACGAAGAAAGAGGCCAAAACCAACGCUGCAUUCAUCGCAUUCAACAUUAUUCUUGGUCUUGAAACUUACGAAGACUAUGGGGAUGAAACGCCAGAUAUUUUCCUGCCUCCAACUCCUAUAUCCCAGGAGCGCGAGCUGUACAACCGUUUGGGGACAGGUGGGGCUAGCGCAGGAAACCAGACGGUGAUUGAUAGUGGGGAAUAUCAAGCCCCGCCGAAGAAGCGUGACAACAACCGUAUCUUCCAGGACUGGUUGGAUAAAAUGCAGAAAAUGGGUCGUGUGGAAGUUCUUGAUGGACCUUUUGGGUACAUUGGGAAAGUGGUGGUUGGAGGUCGAACUGUGUGUGAGGAGACAGCCAAGAAUAAACGGGAAGCCAGGGAAGCAGCUUUAGAGGUGGCCAUAGAAUCACUACAGAUCGGAGAACAGCUGAUACGUCGCGACCACUGGGAAGACAUGAUAGCGAAGGAGUGCUACAAGAAACUAGAGUCGCUGAUCGCUAUGUGCAAAAGCCAAGACAUUCACAAGGCGCGACAUUCCUUUGCAGCCUUCAUCGUAAAUAGGGGACAGGAGAAUAUGAAGCCCGAGGUGGUUGCCAUGGGCACGGGAAACACAUGUCUGUCUAGUGACAAUCUGACGACCGAUGGCCGGAGUGUUAUUGACAGCUAUGCAGUGGCGAUUGCAAGGCGUGCAUUACUGAAGUAUUUCCACAAGGAGGCCAAGCGUUACCUCGAGGGUGGGCAAGUGUUGUCGAUAUUUACUGAGUCAUCACAGGGAGGUAAACUACAGCUGAAGGAUCAUAUCACCCUUCAUCUCUUCCUUAACCACCCUCCCCCUGGCGAUUACAGGGACUGUCUCGAAAUCCCCUGUAAGCCACUGAGUAACAAUGAGGAGGAGCAUUUGGAAGAAGGUGCACACUAUCCAGCCUUCAGUGACGAUUUGCCCGGCUGGUUCUCUGUGAAAAAUGAGGAUGGGGUGAUUGAGUGUGUGGAGGAGGACCAACCCCCUGUACAGAAUUAUGAGGAGCUCCAGGAAGGUUCAGAGGAUCUACUGGUGAUGUCAUGCAGUGAUAAAUUGCUGCUCUGGAACACAGUGGGCAUACAAGGAGGCCUGUUCAGCGCUUUCCUAAUGCCCAUUUAUAUUGACUCUGUGAUUCUUGGUCGGCAGUAUCAUCACGGUCACCUGUCCCGCGCCCUGUGUUGUCGACUGUAUGAUGUGGUGAACAGGUACCUGCCCACGCCAUUCAGACUUCACCAUCCCCACCUGUCCACAGGAACACUCCACAUUGAGGAGAUGGAGGGAAGCGGCACCCAGCUGAGUAUUAACUGGAGUGAAGGAGAUGACAAACCUGAGGUAUUGAAUGGCUUCUGUGGGAAAGUCAUAGAUGAAUCACCCUUUAGAAGCACGAAAAACCCGGGCCUAUGUUCCAGUCGACUCUGCAAGGCUGGUUUCCUGUUCAGAUUCCGCGAUAUCGGCAAACUGCUAAAAAGUCGUGACAUGUUACAGGCCCCAAACUACCAAGCUGCGAAGGAGCUUGAUGUGGAUUAUCAGGAAGCUAAGAAAGUGUUUCGAAACUUCACGCACAAAAUUGGUCUCGGACAUUGGAUACAGAAACCGAAAGAGAUUGAGCAGUUUGUGUCAUGAGAAAUGUGCCUUAUGUGAUAUGAAUGGACAUGUGUACAAGUAUUACAGUUUUGAUCCAUUAAGUUGGAGUCUGUAACAUUGUUAGUUCGUUUUUGAAUCAUGUUUAGUUGUUCACAAAGACUCCAGAAACAGGUCAUAUUUUGAUUUAUUUGACUUUUUAAGGGACACGAUUAAAUAGGUUGCUGGAAAAAAAAUGUUUUAUUAUAAUGAUCAAAACAAAAAAGGAUAAUUUUGUAUCCAAUAUUGUGUUAAACAAACCAGAUAGUGGGUACAUCUCGGGGUCCGAUGAUGGUUUUCCACUUGCACAUAUUUUGACUGGAAACUUCUAGAUCUAGUUUUGAGCUUAAGAAAGCUAAUUCUUUCAACUUAUUGUUUGUUCCAUUCAAACUUCUGACAAAGUUGUUAUAUAUUUUUUUACGAAAGAGAUUGAAAAUUAAAGGCAUUAAAAUAUAGUUUU